CACUUUGUGCAUACAAAAUCACAAAUACAGCUGUCUAAGUCUAAGUUCGUAAUCGUGCUCGUUUCCAGACUGUAGUUCCAUCAUUCAACCACUAGAUGGAGCCAACUCGCCACUUUUCAACGACUCGCUCCUCAUACCGGCUGAGCUUGACGUCUCCCUUCAGUUCUGACUUUCCAAGCUAGCAGAUGGAGCCUGGAGCCUUCGCUCCUUAUGCUAGCUCGUUAGCAUCGUUAGCAUCAGAAUAAAAUCACCACUGCAUGUUUCAUCUCUGCAAAACAGACUUUUUUUAUCAGCAUAUAACGUCAGCGCAGUCCGCUCGACAUGGACGAGUCGGACACGGCGGCGAUCCUCCCCGGAGACCUCCUCGGCGCCUCCUCAGCGGACGACCAGCCGCCCGGUUCCGGGGACGGCAAAGAGGGAGCCGGUGUUCCGACCUGCAGCGGCUCCGUGCCGUCGCCGUGCGCGUGCCCUGUCCCGGUGUCCGUGGAGCCGGUGCUGUUCCUCUCCAUGUUCUCCCUGGCCCUCCAGGCGCCUCUGUCCACGCAGUACCUGUGGGACCGGAUCAGCGAGGACCUGGGCUACAACGGCUCCAGGAGGUCGGAGUGCGGCAACAGCUCGGUGGAGCCAGACCCUCUGCAGGAGGAGGUGGAAACAUUGACAGCCCACUGGAACCUGUACAUCAGCCUGGGGGGCUUUUCUGUCGGCCUCCUGGUGGUCCCGCUGCUGGGCUCGUGGAGCGACGUCGCGGGUCGCCGGGCCGUCCUCGUCCUGCCUAACAUCGGCCUGGCCCUGCAGGCCGUGGUCUACAUCGUGGUGAUGUACCUCAGGCUGCCCGUGGCCUACUUCCUGCUGGGUCGGCUGCUCAGCGGCCUCUCGGGGGAUUUCAACGCCGUCCUGGCCGGCUGCUUCGCAUACGUGGCAGACGUCAGCGACAGCAGGUCCCGCACCUUCAGGGUGGCGGUUCUGGAAGCUUGUCUGGGCGUUUCGGGGAUGUUGGCCAGCAUCGUAGGAGGCCAGUGGCGCCGGGCGCAAGGUUACAUUAACCCGUUCUGGCUGGUCCUGGCCACCAACCUGGCCUCCGCUCUUUACGCCUACCUGUUCGUCCGAGAGUCGGUGCGUCCGGACCCCGGCGCCAGGCUUUUCACCACCCGCCACCAUAAAGCCGUCUGGCGCCUGUACGCCACGGGAGGCGGCGGCGGCGACGGAGCGCUUCACAGGAGCAGGCUGUGGCUCUACACGCUGUGCUUCUUCCUGGUGGUGGCCGUUCACUUCGGCACCAGGGAGCUGUACGUGCUGUACGAGCUGAGCUCCCCGCUGUGCUGGGGCUCGGCUCUCAUUGGCUACGGCUCGGCGGCCCUGCACCUGGCCUACCUGAGCAGCCUGCUGGGGCUGAAGGUCAUGCAGCGCUGCCUGCGGGACUCCUCGGUGGCCCUGGUGGGCCUGGCCUCGAACGUAGCCGGGCUGGUGGUCUUCUCUGUGGCGGACACCACCCAGCUUAUGUUCACAGGUUACGGCCUGUGUUUCCUCUUCAUGGCUUCGACUCCUGUCCUCAGGUCAAAGCUAUCCAGGCUGGUUGACCCGUCAGAGCAAGGGGCCCUGUUUGCCUUCGUCGCCUGCGUGGAGAGCCUCUGCUUCCUUGUGGGCAGCAGCGUCUUCAACUCCCUCUAUCCAGCCACGCUGCAUUUCAUGAAGGGCUUCCCAUUCCUGUUAGCUGCCGUCAUCCUCUUCAUCCCUGCUGGAAUAAUUGGAGCUCUGCACUGUUUCGACCGGCGGAGGGAGCACAGGGACUCUCCGUCGUCCUAAAGGUGCUGAGCAGAUCCGGACGGGAGUCAGAGAGGGAAACCUGAUGGGGUUAGACACUGUGAUCCUAACAAAUCUGAAGUCAGCUGUUCUCCAAAGGGAUUCUUCCAUCCACUAAACUUUCCAGACCAAAGAACGAUGUUGCAGCUAAACCUCCUGAAAUUUGGGAGUCGGGAGAGCACGGCGUGAUCACACAGAGUUCAGAACUCAAAGAUUUUAUACAUUGAUUUUAAAUGUUGUUUUUUCUACUGUUUCGUAUCUGCCUUAUAUUUUCAUUUUAAUUUAUUUGCCUUAAUAGCUGCAGUAGCACAGUACACUGCUAAGACAUAUCUAAUAUGGCCUAAAUCAGGUGUGGCUUCUGAUUACGUCAGUAAUCAAAAAGGGACGCGCUUAUACAUUAACGCUGUCUUUUGAAGGGAAUUUAGCUAUUUUUUAAUGAAUUAUAUUCAUACUAGUGUUAUAUCAAGAAACCAUUUUUUUAUACGAGCAAAAGAUUUAUUUUAGUGACAUUUUGUCACCAAAAUGUAAAAAAAAAAAAAAAAUCAUCACAUACUGAAAGCACUUUGCCUACAACUGUGAAGAAAAACUAAACAAUAUGGAGAUCUGUACGAUCGUUUAAAAAAAAAAACUCCAACCUAAAAUUCAAAACAAGACAUCAAUAAGCUUGAGUACUUAAAUGAUAAUGAUUAUCAAAUAUAAAAAUGGGAAUUUAAAAUAAAGUUAAAUACAGAUGAUAUAAUGCACACCUCUUGUUACGUUGUAAUAAUGUAACACCAGGUUUUGAUCUUAAAUAAACUCUUUGAAUCAGUUAUUUGUUUAAAAAAAAUAAGCUUCACAUUUCUGCUGUUGUUUGUUCAUGUGAUCAAAGAUUUUAUUACAGUCUUACGGUACUUUAUGAAAUGAACAUGAAUAUGCUUGAAAAGCUAAAGUUGCUUUAAAACGGAGUUAAAGAUGGACAUGUUUUUGAUGGUUUGUUUUAAAUAAAUAGAACAGGCUGUUAUUUAUGUCAGGAGAUGUGACUGAAAAUGUUAAUUUCUCUGAUUGAAGGGACAUUUUUCGCUCAAAACAAUAAAAAUGAGACGGGUUUCCUCUCCUGUGGAAAAGUAUUGGACGGUACUGAAUUAUUAUUUCUGGAAGUUCUUCCUUAUCCCAUGGAUUAAAACGUGUAUCUGUC